CCCGCCCAACCUACCUCCCCAGGACCCUCGUCCCUCAGGGUCCCACCCCGACAUCGCGUUCACUUCCCCUCGUCAGUUUGCUCACUUCAUACGACAGGAGGACGUCACAUUCUACUCAAUGAACGUCAUGAAUUUUGUUCGCUAUGAUCCACCCUGUCCCGAGAAUUAACCUCAUCUAUCUGGAGCCCGAUCCCCCUGACCCUUCCUCCAUCUUUUCGGCUCCUAUCUCUACGUCCAUCCGUCAGCCUGCGGAUACCCCCUCCACGUCCCAGGCCCCUGAGCCGUCGACUGUCGAGUCCACACAUACGUUUCGUGCCGAUGCAGAUGCUGAGGAACUCACACGGUUCACGACAGACUUAGAGCCCGCCGUUCGCGACCUGAUUCGAGAGUACCGCAACGUCUUCCCCCCGUAUUUCUCAUACAGCGGGAUUCCCCUGAUGCGCGGUGUUGAGCAUUCUGUCCAGCUCAUGCCUGACUAUCGUGUUCACCAUCAGGCACCGUACCGACUCUCGAUUCCAGAGGCGACGAAACUCAAGCGUCAGCUUGAGAAUCUCCUUCGACUAGGUUUCAUUAAGCCCAUUAACUCCCCUUGGGGUGCACCUGUCCUCUUUGCUCGCAAAGCGGACGGAACUCUCCGCCUCUGCAUCGACUGCUGCGGCCUUAACCGUUACACGGUUAAGAACAGUUAUCCCAUGCCCCGCACGGAUGAGCUGUUUGACCGUCUGGCAGGCAACCGCUUCUUCACGAAGAUCGAUCUCCGUAGCGGUUACCACCGGAUCCGCGUUGCCACAGAGGAUCAGCCGAAGACCGCCUUCCGAUUGCGCUUCGGCCACAACGAGUUCACGGUGAUGCCAUUCGGCCUCACCAAUGCACCCGCCACCUUCCAGACGGCGAUGAACAACAUCUUCAGGGACAUCCUUGAAGAAUACGUUCUCGUAUACCUGGACGGCAUCCUGGUCUACAGUCGUAUCUUAAAAGACCAUCUCAGACACCUCCGUGAUGUCCUACAACGCUUACGCAAGCAUGGCUUCUAUGCCAAGCUCAGUAAGUGCCGCUUUGCCCAACGCAAAGUGGACUUCCUAGGACACCAUGUGUCUGACCAGGGUCUCCACAUGGACGACGCGAAGAUCACUGCUAUUGCAGACUGACCCGUCCCCACAUCUGCCAAGCAGCUUCGCAGUUUCCUAGGCCUCACCAGC